AUGCUUAGAUUUAUGGAUGCUGCUAAUGACAAAAAAACCAUUUAUAUCAAUUCAGCAGUUUUUGCUGCAAGAAGUCCUUUCUUUCUAAAGCUUUUUUCGAAUGGCAUGAAAGAAUCUGAUCAGAUGCGUCCAACAAUAAUUAGGAUUGCUGAUUCAGAGGAAAAUGCACUUAUGGAGCUUUUAAGCUUUAUGUACAGUGGAAAGUUGACAUCAGCUCGACCUACUCUUCUGCUUGACAUCUUGAUAGCUGCAGACAAAUUUGAGGUUAUGUCUUGCAUAAGGCAUUGCACCCAGUUGCUCACAAGCCUGCCUAUGACCACGGAAUCUGCAAUGCUUUACCUAGACCAUCUAUGCUUAAUUUCAUUGGCUUCUGAGGUUCAGCAUCUGACAGAUGCAGCCAGAAAAUUCCUCAUGGACAAAUACAAAGAUAUGCACCGUGAUGAACUAAUCGACAUGCCUCUUUCUGCGAUUGAGGCCAUCUUUUUGAGUAAUGACAUAAAUGUAAAAACUGAAGAUGGUAUAUAUAGCUUCUUGCUCGAGUGGGCCCGCAAGCAAUACCCAGACUCAGAGGAAAGGCACAAGGUAUGGAGCUCUCGUUUACUACCGCUGGUGCGCUUCAGUCAUAUGAGCUGGAAGAAACUCCACCAAGUCCUGGCAUGCAGUGAUGACGAUAUAGACCAUGAGCAAACAACGAAGCGUAUUACCAACAUGCUUUUACACAAAGCUUACCCAGCACACCACCAAGUUGUUCUUGCAGCAGAGGCAACAGCUUGUUGGCAAGUUCCGCAGCGGGCCUACCGGUUCAAGCGUCUCAAAGUGAUUGAGUUUGAUAGGCCCUGCCCACACAUUAUUGUUUACUUGGAUCUAACGCGCGAGGAGUGCUCUCGACUCUUCCCAAAAGGAGAAAUAUUCUCGCACUUGUUCCAUCUUGCAGGGCAGAACUUCUGUCUCACGUGAGAAAAAGGCUUUCGCGCCGCUAUAUUGAUAUAGCAACCGCCCGAUACAACAAAGAGUCCAAUGCUGAGGCAAACAGCACAAGUAUGCCCAAAAGAAACAAAAGAGAAAGAAAAGAGAAAAUAAAGUCAACAGCGUCGGAUCGACGAAAACGAUGAUAAUCCAAAACCGUUGCGCCCACCG